GCGCUCAGGAGCAGCGGCGGCGGCGGCGUGGGCGGAGAGGCGGCUUCAGAGGCUAAAGGUCCUCAGAGCGAGUAGCGGCGGUGGCAGCAGCAGCAGCAGCAGCAGCAGGAGGAGCAGCGGCCGCGGGAGCCUUCGCUUUGUCGCCAAGAUGCCGGCUGUGUCGAAGGGGGACGGGAUGCGCGGGCUGGCCGUCUUCAUCUCCGACAUCAGGAACUGUAAAAGCAAAGAAGCUGAGAUAAAAAGAAUAAACAAAGAAUUGGCAAACAUUCGGUCAAAGUUUAAAGGUGAUAAAGCCCUUGAUGGCUACAGUAAGAAAAAGUACGUCUGCAAGCUGCUUUUCAUCUUCCUCCUGGGGCAUGAUAUUGAUUUUGGCCACAUGGAGGCUGUGAAUCUCCUGAGUUCGAACAAAUACACAGAGAAGCAAAUAGGCUAUCUGUUCAUCUCCGUGCUUGUGAAUUCAAACAGCGAGCUGAUCCGCCUGAUCAAUAACGCAAUCAAGAACGACUUGGCCAGCCGCAACCCCACUUUCAUGGGACUUGCUCUGCACUGCAUCGCCAAUGUGGGCAGCAGAGAGAUGGCGGAAGCAUUUGCUGGAGAAAUUCCAAAAAUACUUGUAGCUGGAGACACCAUGGACAGUGUGAAACAGAGUGCAGCCCUGUGCUUGCUAAGAUUAUACAGGACUUCUCCUGACCUGGUUCCUAUGGGAGACUGGACCUCCAGAGUUGUGCACCUUCUCAACGACCAGCAUCUGGGUGUGGUUACUGCUGCUACAAGUUUGAUCACCACUCUGGCACAAAAGAAUCCAGAUGAAUUUAAAACCUCCGUGUCUCUGGCUGUCUCCAGACUCAGCAGGAUUGUGACGUCUGCAUCGACUGAUCUUCAGGAUUAUACCUAUUACUUUGUCCCAGCGCCGUGGUUAUCUGUGAAGCUUCUAAGGCUGCUGCAGUGCUACCCACCCCCAGAAGAUCCUUCAGCAAGAGGUCGUCUCACCGAGUGUCUGGAAACUAUUCUUAACAAAGCUCAAGAGCCUCCAAAAUCCAAGAAAGUACAGCAUUCAAAUGCGAAGAAUGCAGUGCUAUUUGAGGCAAUUAGUUUAAUUAUCCACCAUGAUAGUGAGCCAAACCUGCUUGUCCGUGCCUGUAAUCAGUUAGGCCAGUUCUUGCAGCACCGGGAAACUAAUCUUCGGUACCUAGCACUGGAAAGCAUGUGCACGCUUGCAAGCUCUGAGUUUUCACACGAGGCCGUGAAAACGCACAUAGAAACAGUUAUCAAUGCACUGAAGACAGAGAGGGAUGUAAGUGUGCGACAAAGAGCGGUGGACCUCCUGUAUGCCAUGUGUGACCGAAGCAACGCCCAGCAAAUUGUAGCUGAAAUGCUGAAUUACCUGGAAACAGCUGAUUAUUCUAUUAGAGAAGAAAUUGUGCUGAAGGUUGCGAUUUUAGCUGAGAAAUAUGCCGUGGACUACACUUGGUAUGUGGACACCAUCUUGAAUUUGAUUCGAAUCGCUGGAGACUAUGUCAGUGAAGAGGUGUGGUACAGAGUCAUCCAGAUUGUAAUUAACAGAGAUGAUGUGCAAGGGUAUGCAGCAAAGACAGUCUUUGAGGCGCUUCAAGCACCGGCCUGCCAUGAGAACCUGGUAAAAGUAGGUGGCUACAUCUUGGGAGAGUUUGGAAAUCUGAUUGCUGGGGAUCCAAGAUCUAGCCCUUUGAUCCAGUUCAACCUGCUGCACUCAAAGUUCCAUCUAUGCAGUGUUCCAACCAGAGCGCUACUUCUGUCUACGUACAUAAAAUUUGUGAAUUUAUUUCCUGAGAUAAAAACAACUAUUCAGGAUGUGCUGCGCAGUGAUAGCCAACUGAAAAAUGCUGAUGUUGAGCUGCAGCAAAGAGCUGUUGAGUACUUGAGACUCAGUACAAUUGCAAGUACUGACAUCUUGGCAACGGUGCUGGAAGAAAUGCCCCCAUUUCCAGAGAGAGAGUCCUCCAUUCUGGCUAAGCUCAAGAAGAAAAAGGGCCCCAACACAGUUACUGACUUGGAAGAGACAAAGAAAGAGAGAAACUCUGAUGUGAAUGGGAGCACAGAAGCUACUCUUGUAAAUGCCAGCACAGUGUCUACUCCAUCUCCUUCAGCAGACCUUUUAGGACUUGGCACAGCCCCCACGACAAACUCUGUUCCAGCCCCAGCAUCUAGUGGCAGUUUGUUGGUAGAUGUGUUUUCGGACACCUCUGCAGCUCCCGCAUCUCUAGCUCCAGGUUCUGAAGAUAACUUUGCAAGUCCUGAUCUAUCUUCAAAUGAGCAGGUGGUUUCUGAGGAACCAGCUGAUGCUGUGCAUGAUGCUGAUGAGCUUUUUCACACGUUUGUUUGCAAAAAUAAUGGAGUCUUAUUUGAGAAUCAGUUGCUACAGAUUGGUUUGAAAUCUGAAUUUCGGCAGAACUUGGGUCGGAUGUUCAUAUUUUAUGGGAACAAGACUUCAACACAAUUUUUGAAUUUUACUCCAGCGCUAAUCUGUUCAGAUGAACUCCAGGCUAGCCUGAAUUUGCAGACGAAACCAGUUGAUCCCACUGUGGAGGGAGGUGCUCAGGUGCAGCAGAUAGUAAACAUUGAGUGCAUAUCGGACUUCAUGGAAGCACCAGCCCUAAAUAUUCAGUUCAGAUAUGGAGGAACGUUGCAAAACAUUUCUGUGAAGCUUCCCAUCACACUGAACAAAUUUUUCCAGCCUACAGAAAUGGCCGCUCAAGACUUCUUCCAGAGGUGGAAGCAGCUAAGCAGCCCUCAACAGGAAGUGCAGAACAUCUUUAAAGCAAACCAUCCAAUGGAUACCGAAAUUACAAAGGCAAAGAUUAUUGGCUUUGGCACAGCGUUACUGGAAGAAGUAGAUCCCAAUCCUGCUAACUUUGUCGGAGCCGGCAUAAUCCACACAAAAUCAUUCCAGAUUGGAUGUUUGAUGCGUCUUGAACCCAACCUGCAGGCACAGAUGUACAGAUUAACACUACGGACAAGUAAAGAAACGGUGUCCCGAAGGUUAUGUGAAUUACUUUCGGAACAGUUCUGAGCCAUAAUGUGCAACCCCUUCUGAUUCUCCAUUUCUGCCAUUGUCCAUGUCCUGCUCCAAAAAUGUUUUGUACACCAGUGUCUGCAAAAAUAAUUGCCACCCCAUUCACAUCCCUGCCUUAAAGGACCUGUCCCUUUUUAUGUGAAACAAAUGAUAUGUGCAACAUAAAAUUACUUAAAUGUGAAAAAAAAUAAAAUGACUCUUAGAUUUUUGGUGCAAAGAAGCUGGGAGGUCUUGUAUGUGUGUGGGAGGUCUUGUGUGUCUCAACUCAACUGUGCUUCAUAUAUUUUUGGCAGGAGUUGUUUUAUUAAAAAUCACUUCAGGUAUGGUUAAUCCCAACUAAAUGAAACAGUUUCGCUGGAAAUGCCACUGUAAAUUGCUAGAGGCAUGCUAGAAGAAGGAAAAAAAGGUAUGAAAGAGAAGUUGGUGUGCAGAGAGGGCUAGAUUCCAUUCCUGCUCUAUUGAAUGUUACCCCAUGUCCUUUUUAAAGGAUCUAGAUACAUCUGAAGAUGGCUAUAAGUAUUUGCUCUGUAAAGAACAUUUGGAGGCAUAAGCACAUAUUCUGAUUCAUAUUUUAAUAUCCUCAAAUGACUUCCUUUAAAUCCCAGGCCUCCACUUUUCUCCAAGUUCUGAACUACCAAAGAGUUAUCGUCAUGAUAAAUGCUUAAGUAAGAAAACCACAUUGGGUUCUUGGGUACAACAUGUUGUUGUUGUUUUUUCCAAAGCUCUGGUUGAUCAUCUAAACAUCAGUACACUUUGACUUUAAAUUAAGAAAUCACUUGAAGUAUUCUUUUACCUAAGACUUUCCAAGCAACCCAAGGCAUUGGUAUUCCUGCCCCCCCGCACUUUCCAGUUUAACAAAAAAAAAAAAA